UCCCCCCCCUCCACCAUCAUACCCACCCUCCUCUUCCGAUCCACCACCCUCCCCAUCUCUCUCUCCCCCCUCUGAUCCACCACCCUCCCCAUCUUCUCUCUCUCCUCCCCCCUCCGAUCCUCCACCCUCGCCAUCUCCUCUCUCUCCUCCCCCCUCCGAUCCACCACCCUCCCCACCUCCUCUCCCUCCUCCCUCCUCUUCCGAACCACCACCCUCUCCACCUCCUUUUCCUCCUCCCCCUUCUCCCGACUCACCACCACCCUCCCCACCUCCUCUCCCUCCGCCCUCCCCUCCCCAACCACCACCCUCCCCACCUCCUCUCCCUCCGCCCUCCCCUCCCCAACCACCACCCUCCCCACCUCCUCUCCCUCCGCCCUCCCCUCCCCAACCACCACCCUCCCCACCUCCUCUCCCUCCGCCCUCCCCUCCCCAACCACCACCCUCCCCACCUCCUCUCCCUCCGCCUUCCCCUCCCCAACCACCCCCUUCUCCUCCACUUCCCCCGCCUCCAUCACCACCGCUUCCCCCCUCCCCCCCACCUCUGAUCCUCAACCGAUGGGAAUGUUUCUAUCAAAGUCGAGACACCGGGUGUAGCUGUAGUUGCUACUCUGGAAAUCAAUGUUCAUGGCUCUGGACGACAACGCACUCUCCGGCUCACUUCCAUCAACCCUGGGCAACCUUUUCUCUUUAACCCACUUGCUACUCAAUGGCAACUUCCUGGAAGGAUCCAUACCAUCUGACCUGUCCAACCUGCUGUCUCUCUAUGAGAUAGACCUCUCGGCCAAUCAGCUGUCAGGAUCGCUCCCUCCCAUCUUCACCAGCGCCAUGCCGGACCUCAGCAUCAUUCGCUUGUCCCAGAACCAGCUGCAGGGCCCCUUGCCCCAGUCCCUCUCAUCCUGCUCCCAGCUCUACACGCUCAACCUGUCUCGCAACUACUUCACUGGUCUCAUCCCCUCCCUCCCCUCCGCCUCUUCUCUCCUCUCGCUCGACCUCUCCUCCAACUUCUUCUUUGGCUCGGGCGUACCCCUCGACUCCUCCGCCGAUAACUGCCUCACCUUUGACCCCUCGGCAUGUGACGGUGGUGGUAGUAGCGGUGGUAGUGGGAGUGGUGAUGGGGCUGUUGCGACUAGAAGCGUGGGUAUGAGCAGCGGUGGUGACAGUGGCGCGAUAUGGAGCGCUGCCAGUGACACUAGUAGCGGGAGUGGUGAUGGGGCUGUUGCGACUAGAAGCAUCGGUCAUCCCACGAAGCUGGAGACAGGGCAGCUUUUUCGGGGCACACAGAGAGGCUGUGACAGUACAGAGUGUGAUUCAACCGCAGCGAACGGCAGCCCAGUGCCAGAGCUUCUGUGGAACGAGUUUCAGCCAAACAGGGGGGGCGCUGAGCAACGCCCACCGAGACACCGGGUGUAGCUGUAGUUGCUACUCUGGAAAUCAAUGUUCAUGUGUAUGAUUCAAUUAUAAGCAUUUGAGAGCACGCAA